CACCCCCCCAAACACACACACACACAGCCCUCCAACCACGAAUGAAGCGGUAAAAGCCAGAGCCCAGCAUGGUAAUGGCCGAGCCGCGGCGGCCCCCCCCGCUGCUGCCCCGCGGGCUCGGGCCCGUCCGCGUCGGCUUCUACGACAUCGAAGGCACGUUGGGCAAAGGCAACUUCGCGGUGGUGAAGCUGGCGCGGCACCGCAUCACGCGCAGCGAGGUGGCAAUAAAAAUCAUUGACAAAUCUCAGCUGGAUGCUGUGAAUCUGGAGAAGAUCUACAGAGAGGUGCAGAUAAUGAAGAUGCUUGAUCACCCACACAUUAUAAAGCUCUACCAGGUGAUGGAGACCAAGAGCAUGUUGUACCUUGUGACAGAAUUUGCCAAAAAUGGAGAAAUUUUUGAUUACCUGGCCAGCCACGGCCGCCUGAGCGAGUCGGAGGCCAGGCGCAAGUUCUGGCAGAUCCUCUCAGCAGUGGAGUACUGCCAUGGCAGGAAGGUUGUGCACAGGGACCUGAAGGCUGAAAACCUUCUGCUUGACAGCAACAUGAACAUCAAGAUAGCAGAUUUUGGAUUUGGGAAUUUCUAUAAGAGCGGGGAGCCUCUGACAACAUGGUGUGGAAGCCCACCUUAUGCAGCCCCAGAAGUCUUUGAAGGACAGCAGUAUGAAGGACCCCAGCUGGAUAUCUGGAGCAUGGGUGUAGUUCUCUAUGUUUUGGUCUGUGGAGCUUUACCUUUUGAUGGACCAACACUCCCCAUACUGAGGCAACGAGUCCUCGAGGGAAGGUUCAGGAUCCCUUAUUUUAUGUCAGAAGAGUGUGAACAUCUGAUUAGAAGAAUGUUGGUCCUAGACCCAUCCAAACGGUUAACUAUUGCUCAGAUUAAGGAGCACAAGUGGAUGCUCAUAGAAGUUCCUGCACAGAGACCUGUUCUUUAUCCACCAGGAGAAGAGAACGAGCCUUCCCUCGGGGAGUACAACGAGCAGGUCUUGCGGCUAAUGCACAGCCUUGGAAUAGACCAGCAGAAAACCAUUGAGUCUCUGCAGAACAAGAGUUACAACCACUUUGCUGCCAUCUACUACCUGUUAGUGGAAAGACUCAAAUCACACCGGAGUAGCUUCCCUGUGGAGCAGAGACUGGAUGCUCGGCAGCGCCGGCCAAGCACCAUCGCUGAGCAGACAGUGGCCAAGGCACAAGCUGUUGUUCCCUCAGUUAACUUGCAUUCACAAAAUGCAAGGUUGUUGCAGUCUCCAGGUCUUCCCUCAGCUUCAGGAGCAGAAGCCUUUUCCUUCCCUCCAUCCAGCUGUCAGGGAGAGGCAGCAUUUAUGGAGGAAGAAAGAGUUGAGACACCAAAGGUGAACGGCUGCCUGCUAGAUCCUGUCCCCCCCGUGGUGAUUCGGAAGGGAUGCCAGUCCCUGCCCACCAGCAUGAUGGAAACUUCUAUUGAUGAAGGAAUAGAGACAGAAGGUGAAGCAGAAGAUGAUCCUGCCCAGGCAUUUGCAGCCCUCCAGGCAGCUCGCUGCGGGAAGAGGCGUCACACCCUGGCAGAAGUCACCAACCAGCUGGUGAUGGUGCCAGGCACAGGGAAAGUCUACUCCUUGGAUGAGAACUCAUCUCUGGGCAGUAUCGAUUCAGAGUACGACAUGGAAUCCGUGCAGAGAGAUAUUAAAUUCCUGGAAAACACCCCUUCCUUGAAGGAAAUGGUGCUGACUAACCAACAGGCACCCAGAAUGACACCACCCUUCAUAGGCCUGAGACCUGCCAACCCAGCCAUGCAGGCCCUGUCCUCCCAAAAGCGGGAGACCCACAACCGCUCCCCCGUCAGCUUCCGAGAGGGGCGAAGAGCUUCUGACACCUCCCUCACACAAGGAAUUGUAGCAUUUCGACAGCACCUCCAGAAUCUGGCACGAACCAAAGGAAUCCUGGAACUGAACAAAGUCCAGUUGCUCUAUGAGCAGAUGGGAUCAGAAGAAGAACCUUCUCUGACAUCAACUGCCACCCAGUUACAGGACCUCAUUAAUAACCCUCCACAGGAGGAAGCACCUCAGCAGCAGGAAGCAGCACCUGCUUUCCCCAAGGGUGCACAUCAUCCCAGAAGGCAGAGCUUAGAAACACAGCACCUACAGCACAGGCUCCAGAAACCCACUCUGCUAUCCAAAGCUCAGAACACUUGCCAGCUGUACUGUAAAGAGUUGCCUCGUAGUCUGGAGCAGCAGCUACAGGAGCACAGGCUGCACCAGAAGCGCCUCUUCCUCCAGAAGCAGUCCCAGCUGCAGGCCUAUUUCAACCAGAUGCAAAUAGCCGAGAGCUCCUACCCAAGGUCAACUCAACUGCCACUGCCAUGCCAGGAGGAGCAGCAGCAGCAGCCAGCAGCCCAGUUCAGCCUGCAGCAACCCCUGAGCCCUGUGCUGGAGCCUUCCUCAGAACACAUGCAAUAUGACCCCUUCCUCAGCCCAUACCAGAAGGUGCAGCUGGACCCGCUGCCGCCCUCCCCCAUCACCAGCUCCUCACGGUUGUCGCCCCCCGUUCAGGUGCAGCAGCCACCACAGUCCUUACAAUAUUCAUACCAGACUUGUGAAUUGCCUGUUGUCACCUCUUCUGAGCCAGACUACCCAGACCAGUGCCAGUAUUCCAUGGACCCAGCACAACAGAGCAGUGUAGCAUUGCCUGAGAGCCAGAGCAGCUCAGCACCACCUCCUGACUCCCAGUCCAGCUACGACACCUUAACCCUCUCAGAAUUGCCUGGACUCUUUGAUUGUGAAAUGAUGGAGACUGUAGAUCCCCAACACAGUGGGUAUGUCCUGGUGAAUUAACACCCUGGGAUGACUUCACGUGGGAGUGGAAGACAGGACAAAUGGAGAAGCAUGGGAAUUUGGGGGGUUGGUGUUGUGUUUUGGGGUUUUUUUGUUCCUGCCCCGAAGUUCAUGGUUAUUUUUUCAACUCUUGAAUUAACAGGGGGGACUGAAAAUCCACCUGACUGGAAAAAAAAUACAUGCAGGAGGUGGAGAGAAGUGUUUGGCCACUAACUCCUCGUGCUGGUGGCAGGGGCUAGAGAACAGAAUGUGCAGUUUCAUCCCUAGUUUGCAUAGGAAGCCAAAAAAGUGCAUUUUAGAGGAAGGAAACAGCCCCCUCUAAAAAAAAUUGGGGAGUUUGUUGGCGUUCAUCUAACAUUCACUUGGAGAAGGGAGAGUGAGUGCACAUUGCAUUGUACUUCUUGACAAUAAAAGCAAUAGUUUUCAUUGAAAUUCAGGGUAGAUUUGGCAACUGUAUUACUCUGGAAACAGCAGAGUGAGGUGGAGUUAGAGGAAAGUUGCACUUUGGUGUCCAACUGCUGGUUAAUUCACUGAUCUGGAACUACCUGGUAAGUGUCUGAGCUCACCAAGCAUCUCAGGCAGCCCCCACUUCCUGCUAGGAAGUAACCAGGAUUUCCCAAACCUGCCAAGGAACUCCUUUAAUUGUCUACUAAGGGAAGCUUCUGGAUCUCUGCUAAGUGGUAUCUUGACUUAGUCAAGAGAGACCUGGAUCUGAGGGCACCACAGUGGUUUGUAGAGACCUCUGGGUGGGGGUCAGAACACUACAGGAUAAAAGAUUAGAAACCCUGGAGGUGUUCAAGGCCAGAUUGGUCUGGUGGGAGGUGUCCCUGCUCAUAGCAGGGAGGUUGGAACCUGAUCACCUUCCAACCUUCACCAUUCUGUGAUUUGCUAACAGAGAGGCAGAAGUACCAGGAGAGAAAGCAGGAGCUGCAACCAAUGGCAUUUAAAAAAAUAUAAAUACAAAAUAAUCCACCUGGGUGGCUUUGAACUCAGCCCUUCUGCAGGCAGGCCCUGGAGGGUGCUGUCAGGAGGAGUUCAGAUCACUGGAAAGGAUCCAUCUGCUCUUCUGUUGCAUUUUAAAAACAAGCAAACCAACUGUGUUUUGAACUUGCAGUCUGUGUUGCUGGUGGUUUAUUGAGCUUUGUAUAUUCGGACAAUUAUUUAGGGUUUUAGAACUUAAGGAUAAAAACAAUGAGCUUAAAAAAAAAAAAACAGACCCCUGUGAAGUGAUAGUGCUGUGCCUUUUUCAGUUCUUUAUCAGCCUAUGUGCUUUUUUUCUGAAAAAAAAAAAAGUAGACAGUACCCCAUUUAUGUCCUUGCUACAGCCAAAGUCCCUUCAGAGCACACGUUCCACCAUGUGGAACAUAAUGUGUAAGUGUUUUGAUUGUUCAGGUGUAUAUAACCUUGCAAGUAUUACAGCAAUAUUUAGCAUCACCAACUGUUGAGGCAUCAACCAUUUCAAGAAACACUAAAUUCAACAAGCACUUGUGCCUCCAGUCAUGACAUGCAGAUCCUAGGAGGAUUGUUGAGGAAACUGCAGAUAGUUUAGAUCUCCAGUUGGGGUUUUGUCUCUAGCCUUGAAGUGUUGAGGGACAUUACAGACAGUACAGGCUGAGGGGGCUCAGAGUUCAGCCCCUUUCUGGGCAAACAUGAAGCACAACUGCAGGCUUGUUAAAAGCACAAAGAACAGCAGAGAAACUGUGCUGAUCACACCUGCAGGAAACACCAGUUUGCUGGGAAGUUUUGGUGAGCUCAGGCCAUUGAUCCCUCAACUGAUGAGGGGGUGGGAAGGUGGAUCAUCAGCCAGCAUUUACAGCAAUAAGACCACACUGAGACGUGGAACAGCAGGACCUUAGUCACUGCCUUGUGUGAGGGAGGGAAGGGUUUAAGAACAAGAAGGCACCUGGUUUUCCUGGAUACUGCAACUGGAGAGGCAGCUUGUGAGCCCGGCCCAGCCCAGCAGUGCUCAGCUUCUACCUCGCUACCGCAGCGACCCCAGGCUUAAGGAACAGGGGGCACAUCCACACCCUGCUGAGGUGAUGCAAGGGAAGGGGGGCUAGGAAGCUCUGCUUUCAACAGCUGAGACAGAAAUGGGUUUCUUCUGUGGCUUCCCUUCAAAUGGAAACUUGUCUGACACAGUCAGGAGGGGUGGAACACAGGAGCCCCCGUGACACUGUAAGUGACUAACAGAGGGAAGGGAACCAGCCUGGAAAUCCUGCAGCAGAGCAGAGCAGGCAUUUCACUGCUGCAGGCAAAGAAAGGGAGGCCACAGAGAGUCCCUGUCCUUUCAUUCCUGCUUCCCUACUCCACAGCAUAAUAAACACACUCUGGAAUUUUUCAUGUCUGACCCAAGCAGGCAAGAAACUCGGCAGUGAAAGCUGCAGAGGGGAGAGGCAGCAGCUGUGGAGCCAGGCCCAGGGCUGCUCCAGGAGCUGGGUCACUGCCAGGACUGUCACCACUUCCUUCCCCAUCCAGCUCCAGGAUCCUGUACAUUUCAGGACUCAAAAAUAAUCCUGUUCUCGAGUUGUGAUUCAUUGAUCAGGACGUGCCAACUCAUCUAAGCCCAUUCAAGCUUUGCAGAGCUGGGGAGGGGGAAGCUACAGCGGUUCCUGGUGUAGUCUGGGCUGACUUUUCCCCUCAACCAAAAGCAUGUUCAACAUUUCAUGUCAUUUUCUUUAAGCCAAUUAGAGUAACAGGCCUCAGAUGCCUUCUGACACAGCAGAGUGCCCACUGGGCACCACUUCCUACUACUUUGAAGUGGCUUUUUUGUUCAAAUCUGUUCUUACAUUAGAGAACUGUGUACACUACUGUCAGAGUAAUUAUUAGCUUUAUUAUCUUCUAUUGCAGGCUCCUUUGAAGAGACUUUGGUGGGAUGUAUAUGGGGUAAAAAUUUCAUAUGGAGAAAAGUGCAAUAUGUGUGUGUGUGGUACGUUCUUUAAUGUAUUUUUUUAAGGAGUUAGAGGGUUUAGUCUCUGCUUUGGGAUAAAUGCACUAGUUUUGUGAGCUCCAGUUUGGCAAGUUCAUCUGUAGUAUUUACAUGCAACUGAUAUGCUGGACUCUGUAAAGCAAUUACAGUGUAUUAAUACAAAAUAAAGAAUUAUGUGCAUUUCAUUUUUAA